AUGAUUACACCCUCUGAUGCUCGUACACGUCCAGAAAAUCAGAGUCGUGAUUGGGAUGCCCAGACUGUUGAUGACUCGGAUCCAGCUGCACGCCUCCCUUCCCAAGAAAAGUCCAUCGACCAACUUGAAAACCCCCCUCUGCCCCCGAACCCCACUCGCCCCACUUCCAACAAGGAGGCAUCGACGGCUGGAAGCUUUUCAGCACUUGCUCUGGCUAACACCUCCCCUCGCUCUCCUUCCAGGAUGGAACCUGAUAUGGGGAGUGUUCCAGAAGUACCAUGCUCAGCACUUUCUGCCGGCACUCCAGGAGCUACGCUCAGCGUCAUAGGCUCGCUUCAGAACGCUGCCUUUGUGUCUGGCAAGUUCGGCGACAGAUACGCUACUCACCUCACUCACGCGUUCUCUCGCCCGUACAGCGGAUACAAGAUGUUCAUCGCAGCAGGUUGCAUUGUUGUCUUUGUCGGCCAGCUGCUCGCAGCCUUCUGCACCAGCUUGUGGUCCAUCUUUCUCACUCAGGGUGUCUUGCAAGGCGUGGGAUGCGGUCUGCUGCUGCCUAUGGUCUUUGCCCUGCCGUCCCAGUGGUUCAGCAAGCGCGCGGAGUCGCCACAGGCUUCGUCAUCGCCGGUUCGUCCUUUGGAGCAGCAGUCCCGGCACUCAUCGUUCAGGAGAUGCUCACCGCAUCGGCUUCAGGAAGACUCUGCUAAUCUACUCCUUCGUCCAGGGCCUGACUAUGCUGCUUGGCUUCCUGCUUGUCAAGGUUCGCCCGUCGGUGUCUGGUCCCAACAAGCCCGCCCGCGAGAUACAGUGGCUCGACAAGAGGUACCUCGCGAUCCUACGUUCUGGAGCUGCUGGACCGCCCUGUUCUUUGCGCUCUUCGGAUACAUGUGCCCGUUCGUGUUCAUCUCGGUCUACACCAGCGAGAAGAUCCCGGCGAUCUCCAGCCAACUCGCCAACCUGCCUAUCCCGAUCAUGAGCUUCGCCAGCGCUAUCGGUCGGAUUGGUGCCGGUCACGUGGCAGACCGGAUCGGGUUCAUGAAUGCGUUCAUACUUGCGAUCACCAUCAGCGGGCUGUCUCAGCUUGUGCUGUGGAACGUUGCGGCGGAGACGUAUGCAGGGAUCAUGGUGUUCUCGGUGGUGUUCGGUCUGACAGGACCUUGCUUCUUGAGCUUGGUGACACCGAUUGCGGCUACGCUGUACGGGACAGACAACCUGGCGACUCUGACUGGGCUGUUCAACAUCGCGAAUGUGCCGGGGAUGCUAAGCGGACCGCCGAUUGGAGGGGUCAUAUUGGACGGCGCAGGACAUAGCUGGCAUGCGCUGGCUGCAUACAGCGGCAGCAUACAGCUACUGGGAGUUAUAUGCAUACUGUAUGGUAAGGAGUCUCGCGCGGUUCAAGAAAGACAGGAGGCUGUUCGGGAGAAUAUAAACAGCGCUGAAGCAGAGUAG